AUGCCAUGUCGACUCCAGCCGCAGCACAUCUGGAUCUCCGAUGACACGCUUGCUGCUGCCUACCGUCGCUUCGCCAAUACCUAUCUGGUCAACCAUAACCAUACAAAUACCAGACGCCAUGGCAGCAACGUUCCGGGGCCAUUGGAGGCUCGUCGUCGCCUCGCUAGGAGACGUAUGGCUGGCCUCAGUAUGCCUACCCCCUCGGCAGGCCUGAUUCCUGACUUUGGUGCUCUCUUCGGCUCCGGAGGUGUCGACAUGACUUCGCUAUGGGCCCCGCCGAGUACCGUCCAGUCGCGUGCCCCGAGUCCACCGCACCACGCUCCUCCCGCUCCUCCUAUACCUCGGACACUCCCCACCUUGACUGGAACUCAUAGCGUCCCAUCACCGCCCAAGCCCCUACAAGAUCAAGAGCUUUCUUUCGACGAGUACACGUUCCUAUUGGCUUCAUGCCGCACUCUGGACUCAUUGGCACGAGCACAUGCUGCCAUACAUAACGACUCCAGUGUCUCUUCAAACUUCAGCAAAGCCGCUUGUCGCUCCCUCAUGAUCCGAUCCACUCAUGAUCAGAUCCUGGCCUUCCUGCAGAGCGAUUUGAACCAUGAGGUAGCCCACAACUCUCGUGCAUAUCUCAAUCACCUGUUUUCUACCAACGCCUGCCCUGCACAUAUUCGAGAUUGCUUUUGUCUUGUAUGCGACAAGAUUGCAUUGAGCACCAUGCCAAUCGAAGAGUUGUCGGGCAUGCUCAGCGACAUGGCCAAGGAAGCUGCAGGGAUUGAUCCUCAGUUGUUGUUCGAAGUCCUCAGCAUGCUUCAUCAAUCAUUGGUACAUGCGCAUGCUCCAAAUCCUCCCGCACACCGUUUGGGCGCCAAACUGCUCCUGAACAUGCUCUCUCUACCGCCGUCACCAGACGUCCUCAAGCUCAUGGCUGCACUUGUCUCAUUUUCCGGCCAAUCAGGCAGUAAGAUCAUGAUCAGAUACCUCAGACAAAGCAUACUCUCCCGAACCGGACAGCUUGGUCCUUCAGAUCAGCUAAUGCCCAUCUUGAGCAUUAUUCCCGAUGAGUUUUUUGAACAGAUGGUAUGGGAGGCCACUCGACAGUUCGUCAGCAGUCUCUGCGACCUCAAACUUACCCAUGUUGAUCAUGCUGAGAGGCUUGUCUGCUGGCUUGAUGAUCUUCGUCUCUUUCGUCCCUCAAUCCUUCGACCUGACUCAUUAUUUGCUACGCGACUUUAUUCUUUCCUUGCUUCGAAAUUUACCAUCACUGAGCUUGGUGCUCACCUGCGGAAUCUUCAUCCCGCAGAUGCCGCCAUCAUUGUCUUGCACAGUUGGAUCAAGCCUACUGUACUUGAGGUACCAGAGAUACCGGACAUACCAGACUUUGAUAUACUGGAUGUCACUAGCAAUACAACAUCGGCCACAGUACACCACCUCCCACUACAGCGCCCGCCAAAAGUCCACAGUCGUCAAGGCUUCAGAGACAAAGCCCCGUUCCAAACCUACGGAGUAAAAUAUACGAUGUCCCGAACUCCUGAUCAACCUCGCACCUACAAAGAAAAUUCCUCAACACGUCAAUUCGUUUUCGAUACAGUUGCGUCAACGCUGCGUGAACGCUGUAAGCCAAAUCAGAAGGGUGUUUAUCCAGCUCGGGGUGGAGCCUGGGUUCAUCUAUUCAAGCUCUUGAGAGAAAACAAGAUUGACUACACUCCAUGGCUUUGUGAUUUGUUUCAAGUGCUGAAACACCACAAGUCACCUGUAUGGUCAUAUCAUUUCUUUCUGAAACUUGUUAGAAACGAUGUCAAAAUUCCUUACUCCGUGGCUGUGGAUAUCAUGCGGCAUUUCAUUGGAAUCGAGAAAACACAAUGGGCGUUGGACGUCUUUAAUCGGUCAGAAAGCACUCAGUGGCUUUCAGAAAUACCCGAGUUACUGUUUGCUCUUGUCGAGAGUCGAGCAGCCUGGAGCACAGAAGCUAUAUUUGACCUGUUGAACAGGCCAGAUUAUGCAGGCUCGCUGCCAGUGAACAUGCGAUCUGGCCCCACAAACUCUCUGUCUAAGGAGAGGAUCGAGCUGGUGCAUCACGUCGCUUACGCCAUAGCCAAGUCACCACUGUUGACUUCGAGAAUGGCCUUCAGACGAGUGUGCGAUUGCUUGAACUUCCUUCGCGAUCGAGGCGCACCUCUUUCAAGCUUAAUGUCUCGGGCUCUUGUCCAUGCUGGAGUGACUCGCCCCCUCCGAGACGGCGCUUGGCUCAGCACACAGAAGUUUCAAUGGAUUCUUCCGUUCGUUCGUCGUCUCGAAGGUGAUGGAGUUGCAGAUUGUCUAGACGAAGCCGCCUUCACACUCAGGAGCGAGAACUUCGAAUUGGCUAGGGCGCAGAUGCAACCAUUAGACAACAUGGAACAAGAAGCAGAUCAUAUGGCUUGGGAGUAUCGGAAGCAGAUUGGUCGGGUACCUCACCGACGGAGAUGGGUCGCAUCACCCUUCAACCAUGCUUAUGGGGAUGCCAGUGAUGGAGAUGUACAUGGAUUGAGCAAAAGCACCGCCCUGAUGCGCGAAGACCUAGAGUACACUACCUCAACCACCGAACGGUCACUUCUCACAAUGGCUGACAAACAAAAGUGA